AGUUUACUUUUGUUGCUUAUAGAUUUUUCGUUUUAGUUGUAAAGGUAAAUUUGUUGAGUAAAGAAUAUUUGUCAAAAAUUAAUUUAUAUUCCGAGCGGAGUGAGAAAGAGGAUUAAAAAAAUGGGUUGGUUUAACGCGAUGUGCACUUCUGUUGCUCGCCUGGAUGGGAAAACCGCUGUAAUUACCGGGUGUAACACGGGAAUCGGCAAAGUCACUGUUCAAGAUUUUUUCGAAAGAGGUGCGCGGGUCAUAAUGGCCUGCAGAAACAGAGAAAAAGCGACCCAAGCAGCCGAAGAAAUAAAACAGGCAACCGCGUCGAAAUCAAACCUCGGAGAGAUCAUCGUGGAAGAAUUAGAUUUAAUGAGCUUGAAAUCGGUGAGAAGUUGUGCUGAAAAGAUAUUAGCAAGAGAAAAAAGAAUCGAUUUGUUAAUCAAUAAUGCUGGAGUAAUGACUUGUCCGUACGGAAAAACAGAAGACGGCUUCGAAAUACAAUUCGGGACCAACCAUUUGGGGCAUUUCCUUUUAACGCUACUUCUGCUGCCGAGAAUUUGUCAAAGUACCCCUGCCAGGAUUGUCAAUGUAUCGUCAGUGGCACAUGAACGAGGAACUAUGAAUUUUGACGAUCUUAAUUGGGAAAAAACCAAAUAUAAUCCGAUUAAAGCGUACGGCCAAAGUAAACUCGCCAACAUUUUGUUUACCAAGGAAUUGGACCGGCGUUUAAAAGAAGCGGGGGUAUCAGGGGUUAACGUAUAUAGUCUACAUCCGGGGGUGAUAAACACAGAAUUGUCCCGUCAUGUCGGAGACACUUUUGGAAAAGCCAUGGGGUGGAUAUACGACAACGUUAUCGGAUGUUUCAUAAAGUCGGCCGUUGAAGGAGCCCAAACGACAAUUUACUGCGCGGUAGACGAAAAGUGCGCACGCGAGUCCGGGCUAUACUACGCCGAAUGCGCAGUUAAAACACCGAAAAAGAACGCUCUUAAUAUGGACGACGCUUCCAAAUUGUGGGACGAAAGCUUGAAACUGGUCGACUUACCUUUGGAUUACAAUCCUUUCAAAUAAACUGGCCUGGUGUGGUGAAGCAUUCCAAUUACAUAAUUAUUGACCCAUACGGCUUUGUUUACCUUAAUUAUGUGUAUAAGUAACUUUGUGUAAAAUGACUUGAGAUGAAGUCCUUAUAAUACUUACUGGGUGUCAUAGGGUUUUUUUUUAUGUAUACAAACACUUUAAUACCUAUCACCAAGUUACUUGUCAAAUGAUGUAGUUCAACAAGUGUAACAAGUGAACUUUAAUAAAUAUUUAUCGUCUAUUUUAA